AUGAGUUUCGCCGAAAUCUGUAAUAGCACUCAAAUCCCAAAAGCUUUACUUUGGGAUGUUAAUCAAGUUGCUUCUUGGAUUGAAGGCAUUGGAUAUUCUCAGUACAAGGAAUGUUUUACUGAAAAUCAGAUUGAUGGUCGCAGUCUAAUUAAUAUCCACUCUUCAACACUUCCUCAUUUAGGCGUGACUGAGUUUGCAGAUAUUAAGGUAAAUUGA